AUGGACGCGCGCGGGGGCGGCGGGCGGCCAGGAAGCCCGGGCGCGACCCCCGCGCCGGGGCCGCCGCCGCCGCCGCCGCCGCCGCCGCCGCGCCCCCGCAAGCAGCAGCCGCCGCCGCCCGCGCCCCCUCCGGGCCCCGGGCCGGCGCCCCCUCAGCAGGCGCCCCGGACCGAGGCGGCGCCCCUGGAGGCGGCGGACGAGGGCGGCCAGCGGGCCCGACUCCGCAGCCGAGACAGCUCGUGCGGCCGCCCGGGCACCCCGGGCGCGGCGAGCACGGCCAAGGGCAGCCCGAACGGCGAGUGCGGGCGCGGAGAGCCGCAGUGCAGCCCCGCGGGGCCCGAGGGCCCGGCGCGGGGGCCUAAGGUGUCGUUCUCGUGUCGCGGGGCGGCCGCGGGGCCCGCGCCAGAGCCGGGCGCGGGGUCGGGGCCGGCGGACGAGGCGGGCAGCGAGGAGGCGGGCCCGGCGGGGGAGUCGCGCGGCAGCCAGGCCAGCUUCAUGCAGCGCCAGUUCGGCGCGCUCCUGCAGCCGGGUGUCAACAAGUUCUCGCUGCGGAUGUUCGGCAGCCAGAAGGCCGUGGAGCGGGAGCAGGAGCGCGUCAAGUCGGCGGGGGCCUGGAUCAUCCACCCGUAUAGCGACUUCAGGUUCUACUGGGACUUCACCAUGCUGCUCUUCAUGGUGGGAAACCUCAUCAUCAUCCCCGUGGGCAUCACCUUCUUCAAGGACGAGACCACGGCCCCGUGGAUUGUGUUCAACGUGGUCUCGGACACAUUCUUCCUCAUGGACCUGGUGCUGAACUUCCGCACGGGCAUCGUGAUCGAGGACAACACGGAGAUCAUCCUGGACCCUGAUAAGAUCAAGAAGAAGUACCUGCGCACGUGGUUCGUGGUAGAUUUCGUGUCUUCCAUCCCCGUGGACUACAUCUUCCUCAUCGUAGAGAAGGGCAUCGACUCCGAGGUCUACAAGACGGCGCGCGCCCUGCGCAUCGUGCGCUUCACCAAGAUCCUCAGCCUGCUGCGCCUGCUCCGCCUGUCGCGCCUCAUCCGCUACAUCCACCAAUGGGAGGAGAUCUUCCACAUGACCUAUGACCUGGCCAGCGCGGUCAUGCGCAUCUGCAACCUCAUCAGCAUGAUGCUGCUCCUGUGCCACUGGGACGGCUGCCUGCAGUUCCUAGUGCCGAUGCUGCAGGACUUCCCGCGCAACUGCUGGGUCUCCAUCAACGGCAUGGUGAACCACUCGUGGAGUGAGCUCUACUCCUUCGCGCUCUUCAAGGCCAUGAGCCACAUGCUGUGCAUCGGGUACGGGCGGCAGGCACCGGAGAGCAUGACGGACAUCUGGCUGACGAUGCUGAGCAUGAUCGUGGGCGCCACCUGUUACGCCAUGUUCAUCGGCCACGCCACUGCCCUCAUCCAGUCGCUGGACUCCUCGCGGCGCCAGUACCAGGAGAAGUACAAGCAGGUGGAGCAGUACAUGUCCUUCCACAAGCUGCCUGCUGACUUCCGCCAGAAGAUCCAUGACUACUACGAGCACCGCUACCAGGGCAAGAUGUUCGACGAGGACAGCAUCCUGGGCGAGCUCAACGGGCCCCUGCGGGAGGAGAUCGUCAACUUCAACUGCCGGAAGCUGGUGGCCUCGAUGCCACUGUUUGCCAAUGCCGACCCCAACUUCGUCACGGCCAUGCUGACCAAGCUCAAGUUCGAGGUCUUCCAGCCGGGUGACUACAUCAUCCGUGAGGGCACCGUUGGCAAGAAGAUGUACUUCAUCCAGCAUGGGGUGGUCAGUGUGCUCACCAAGGGCAACAAGGAGAUGAAGCUGUCCGACGGCUCCUACUUCGGGGAGAUCUGCCUGCUGACGCGGGGCCGGCGCACGGCGAGCGUGCGGGCCGACACCUACUGCCGCCUCUACUCGCUGAGCGUGGACAACUUCAACGAGGUGCUGGAGGAGUACCCCAUGAUGCGGCGGGCCUUCGAGACGGUCGCCAUCGACCGCCUGGACCGCAUCGGCAAGAAGAACUCGAUCCUGCUGCACAAGGUGCAGCACGACCUCAACUCGGGCGUGUUCAACAACCAGGAGAACGCCAUCAUCCAGGAGAUCGUCAAGUACGACCGCGAGAUGGUGCAGCAGGCCGAGCUGGGCCAGCGCGUCGGCCUCUUCCCGCCACCGCCGCCGCCGCCGCAGGGCGCCUCAGCCAUUGCCACGCUGCAGCAGGCCGUGGCCAUGAGCUUCUGCCCGCAGGUGGCGCACCCGCUCGUCGGGCCCCUGGCGCUCGGUUCGCCGCGCCUUGUGCACCGCUUGCCCCCCGGGCCCGUGCCCACUGCCGCCUCGCCCGGGCCCGCGCCUGCUGCCAGCCCCCCGGGCGCACCCUCCAGCCCCCGGGCACCGCGGACCUCGCCCUAUGGCGGCGUGCCUGGCUCACCUGCUGCGCCCUGCGCUGGGCCCGCGCUGCCCGCGCGCCGCCUGAGCCGCGCCUCGCGCCCGCUGUCCGCCUCGCAGCCCUCGCUGCCCCACGGCGCACCCGGCCCCGGCCCCGGCCCCGGAGCCUCGGUGCGCCCGGCCAGCAGCUCCACGCCGCGCCUGGGGCCUGCGCCCGCCGCCCGAGCCGCAGCGCCCAGCCCGGACCGCAGGGACUCGGCCUCGCCCUCACCCUCACCUGGCGCCACCGGCGGACCCGACCCGCUGGACUCCGCGCGCUCACGCCUCUCGUCCAACUUGUGACCCUUGCGCGCCGCCCUGUGGCCCAGCCAGGCCGGGGCGGGGCUGUCACUCAGACCAAAGCCAUGCCAUUGCGCAGCCCGGGCCGCCCGCCCCAGAAGCCAUAGAGGAGACGUAGGUAGUUGUAGUCGGACGGGCGACCCGGGCUGGCGGGACACCCCCGCCAAGCCACCCAUCGCCCUGAGCCCACCCACAUCGCCCCUGCCCCCGGCGGCCCCGCGCGGGCGAGGGGUCUCCCUUCACCUCGGUGCCUCAGUUCCCCCAACUGUGAAGCGGGGACAGGCCGGCCGGGGCCAAGGGGAGAGGGCCGUGGAGCCCCGCCCGCGCCCGCCCUCGCCCUCCAAUGAGGAUCUGUUUUUAAGUGCAAUACUUAGCCCGCCGGCUUCCCGCUGCCCCCAUCGCGCUCACGCAAUAACCAGCCUGGUCCCUGUCCACACGCGUCCGCGGUGACCACCCCGGAGUGGGCACAUACCACUCCCUCCAGCACCCCAGCGUGGGGGCGAGGCUGGGGGGGGGGGUCCCUGCCGUCAUGGUGAAUGUACUGACGAGCCGAGGCAGCAGCGCCCACCGCGCCCCCCACGCCCCACUAAGCCCCACGCCCCCAUUCCGCGCAAUAAACGACAGCAUUGGCGCCCAGCCUGCCGCGUAUGAUCGCUCUGCCUAGUCCCAGCGCGCAGCCCGCCCCUCCCCGAGGCAAGCAGCCCCCACGUGAUGACAGACCUUUAUUCACACUAAGGUACAGGGAGGCAGCAUGGGCCGUCAGCUGAAGAAGUACGUGGAGUGCUUCACCUGCUCCAGGUUGAAUGUCCCUGCGGAGCAGAGCAGAAGGCUGGGGGCGGGCCCUGGCGAAGGCCCCGCCCCCAGCCCGGUGAGGGGCCAUCCAGCCCUGGGCCUCACCUGUCUUGGGCACAGACAGCAGCGUGUCCAUCAGCCUGGAGACCCAGAUGCUCUUGGAGGUCCUGAGGGCAAAGGCCAGGUGGGGGUAAGGCUGGGGAGGGAGCGGCCUCUGUGGUGCUGGGCUGGGGGGGGGGCCUCACCUGGGGUCAGAGCAGAACCGCUCGAUCAGGAACCUGGACAGGUUGUGGAGAAUGGGCUGGCUG